GACAUGGAGCAGGCACAGCGGAGCCUGGACGCAGAGCAGAUGCAGCAGCAGCAGCUGAAACUACGGGACCGGCAGAGAUUCUUUGAGGAGGUUUUCCAGCAUGAUGUGGAUUUCUUCUUCCCUAUGUCUCACCUGCAGAUAGAGCAUCGGAGACCCCCCUUAGGCAGCAUUUCCUCCAUGGAGGUGAACGUGGACAUCCUGGAGCAGAUGGACAUGAUGGACCUGUCAGACCAGGACACCGUGGACGUGUUUCUGGGCUGUGGGACAGAGGAGAGCAGCGUUGCUGGGUCCCUGCCAGGGGCAGAUGCCAGCCAGUGCCCAGAGGAAAUCACUCUGCAAGUGCCCAACGCAGCCGAGAGCAAGUCACGCAUUUCCUCCACGUCCUCUGUCUCCACGGAUCUGAAUAGCCUGGACACCAGCGAGGAGGGGGCCGAGACCCCCGUGGUGCAGUCGGAUGAGGAGGACCUGCAGGAGGACAGUCCCAAAGAGCAGGAGGCAAGAAGCUAGCAGCCAGCUUUGCCCUCCUCCCAGCCUCCUUUGUACAGACCUGCCAGCCUGGAGGAAGGAAAGCUGCUGGCGCUCCGUAAACCCCACGCUGGACUGCUGUCCUGCAGGAGGGGAGAGAUGGUUUUCCCCUCCUCUCCCUCCACAGGUUCUCCUGGCAGCCAAAGGAGAAGGAAAGGGGUAUUGUAGGCUCCCAAAUUAACUCUUCAGGCUUUGCUGCUAACACUUUCUGCUUCACUCCCCUGAAACGCUCAGCAUCCCACAGCCCCACUGUUCCAAGAUGGGAUCCCAGCUCCCCUCGUCCUACUGACAAAGGUUCUGUCCCGACAAGCAUUUAACAAUGGCAUACAGAGAAAUAACAGUCUGAUCUAA